GCAUAUUGUGAUCGAUAACAUAACAACAACUAAACUUGUUGGAAAACCAAAUAGUGUAACAUAUUAAUAUAUACAUACUUAUGUAUAAUUAAUACGUCAUACACUUUUCACAGCUCGGUAAACUUUACGUGCGUGAGUGACCAACGAGAAAAUCAGAAAAGACGAGGAGCAAGGGAAAACAAUAAAACUGCUAGCGCGAGAAACAGAGAGCGAGAUAGAAGGUGACAGCAGCGACACCGAAACCGAUUUUCCUCCCCCCGUCAUCACCCUUGCAACAGUCUGUUUGGAAUUUUUUUUUCGGUGUGCGGUGCAAAAGAACAAAUUUCACUGAUUUUCGUGGCAGCCCAUAUAAAAGACAGCAGUAAAAAUGAAAAUAAAUCUGAAGGUAAAAACCUUGGAUGCGCGUACACACGAAUUCAACAUCGACAAUGAGAUCACGAUUCGCCAGCUCAAGGACCAAAUAGCUGAGAAGACCAGCAUUGCAGCGGAGAACCAGCGAAUUAUAUACCAGGGGCGUGUGCUGGCCGACGAUAAGCAAGUCAAGGAAUACGAUGUCGCUGGCAAGGUAUUGCACGUCGCCGAGCGCCCGCCCUUCUCGCAGCGCGGCACCAAUGCUCGCCACAACGAUGAGCCCAUGCGUCCCGCUCGCACAGUGACACGUCCGCCGCCAGGCAGCAUGCGCACUUCGCCCUACUUCCGCGCUCUCGAUGGCAUGCUAGUAGGAACGAUGUCCAUACCAGUGCCCAACGGUCCCGGGGCUGGGACACGCACUCCACCCGGUCGUUUCCCGAACUCUUCGUCCUUCUGCAUCAAUCGCAUCACUGUGGCUCUGCACAUGAUCGAUUGCGCCAACAACAUCGCCGCCUAUCUGGAGAACCCUUCGGUGGGGCUUAACAACCAAUCCCUGGACAUUCUGCAGCGCGGUCGCUGGUCCAUGGAGUCGACAGUGGUGGAGGUAGGCGUCUCUUCCACUGAUAUGCCACGUAACAACAAUAUCAUCGACAUGGUCCAGGACGCGGUCACUGCCGCCCUUACCCGCACCGGCGCACGCAACUACACUGUCCUACAGUUGCCCACGGUCUACACCAAUGAGAGUGGCGAGACGAUGGAGCCGCGUGCCGGAGAGGCAGCUCUCGAGGGAGCCGCCGGAGCAGCUGCCGACGCCAAUGGCGAGACCACAGCCGCCACCGUCAUAAUUGAAGAUGUCAUUGACUCGGACGAUGAAGAUGGUCCAGACGGUGCCUCGGACCGAUCCGCCACCCCCACACCAGAAGGGGAUGCAGAGGGAGCUGUAGGUGGUCAACCUGCGGGUAGUGCUAGUGCUGGUGCUGCUGCUUCCGGUCCCAGCGCUGCAGAGAGUGCCAGCAAUGCUCCAGCUGGCGGCGAUGGCGUCCCAGCCAAUGGGGGUCCAAAUGGCGCUACACGUCGUCGCACUCGCCCGCAGGUGCUGGGCCAUGUCAUACAGCGCUAUCGCGGUGUUCAGACGCGUCUGGCACCCUUUGUUGAUCGCUACUACGAUAUACUUGAGAACGAUCCCACAUUUGAGGAGAAUGACACUACUAGACGGGAGAAUGCCCAGCGCAUCUUCGAUCGUGUCUCGGAGGCCUUCCACUACUUAUCGCACGCUCAGCACGCCAUAUCCGACCUGAUGCUGGACCUCUCGCAGCCCGGGCCACGCGUGCUCACCUGUCGGCCCAUUCUCGUGGAGCAGAGCGGCUACAUACGCUCCAAUAACAUAUUCGCGCCCCAUUUUGCGCCCCUCGAGGUCCUGCAGCAGGCCACCAAUAAUGUGGACCAGCGUGCUCCCGGUGCACGCCCCCCGGGCCUAUCAAGGAAUGUCGAAGAGGCUGCAAGAAACACUUUGAGUGCAACUGCACAGAUAAUUACACAUGCAGGUGCUAACUACGCGUCAGCCAUGGCUAGAGGAAAUCCGAGACCAAAUGCAGCAAACGCGGCACCAACCGAACUGCCUGAUGCAGGGUCCGCGACUACCAAUCCGGUACCUUGGGCCGCGGUCUUGGCCCGGGGUGCAGCCCAAACUGCAGCUCUUGCUUCCGUUGAAGCUGCUCAGGUUGCUCAAGCAGCCGAAGCCGCUGUUCAGAUGGCUGUCGGAGCGGUGGCCGCCAUUGGCAUACCUACCCAGGGUGGACCCGUUGAGGAUCCCGUCGAUGAGCCAAUGGUGGCACGCAAUGCAGUCCCUCAGGCCUCCCAGCCACAGCCGCAGCCACAGAGUCUUGGAUUGGAUGAAGCUCCAGAUCAAUCUGAGGGGCCCCGAUUGCCACCUAGGCUGCGGCUCUAUAUGCCCGUGGCCCUGCCACCGCCCAAUCCCCAGCUGGAUAUGGCCCGUCUCAUUCAGGCCGUUGUGAACAGAGCCGCCAACGAUACUAACGAUGUGCAAGUGGAGUUCAGCGCCCCCAACAUUAUGUCCAUCAACUUGCCCGUGCAUGUGAUGGCUGCUGCCGUACGUCCCCCAGCCCCGGGGCCAGAGUCAGCGCCCGAAGCGACCAACGAGAGUGGACCGGCUGCAGGAGAAGCAGCUACCGCGGCCAACAGCAGUUCCAGCACUGGAGGAGCCUCGACCUCGACAGGCACGCGCAGUGGAGAGCAGCGGGCCAACACAUUGCCGACAACCGCCACACAGACGCGCUCCACGUCACGGCCCCAGAUCCAGAUUGGCGGCAACAACAACUGGGGCGGACGCAUCGCGCCGACUCACACGGCCUUCGACCGCUUCCUGCCGUGUAACAGCCACCACAUUCGCGAGCCGGAGCCGCUGCCGCAAAACAACAACAACAGUAGCGCCAACAACAAUCGCAGGCCAAACGCAGCUAUGGAAGAUGGAGGCGCCGAUGCCCCCUCCUCCUAUGGUUCAUCGGCUGCCUCGGCCGCCGGCGGAGGAGUGCCUUCUGCAGCUUCAGCCAGCGCCGUCAACAACACGGAUGGAAUUGCCGAAAUGGUCAACUUUUUUACCACACCCAACCGCACAAUCGCGGUCAACCUGAGCGUUCCACCUAGAGAAGCUACAGCUACAGCUGCAGUCCCAGUCACACCCACAGUCACACCGACAUCAUCAUCACACUUCAGUGAUAGAUCGAGUAAUCUGCGCUCGGAGCUGAGCAGCUUUCUUUCCGCCAGCGUCUUCGAGGGAGCGCCCAUCAACGAGGAGACCAUACCCGGCGCCAUCAGCCGCGCCCUUGAGUGGUUCACCGAGAGCCUGAUCUUUUUGCCGCAGUACGAGCUGCCGCAGUACGACUCGCGCGAAUCUGUAACCAACAUCUUGCGCCAGAGUUUGCGCCUCAUCAUGGAACUGUGCAUUUCGGCCCCCAGCACUGUGGGCCAGUUCGAGCAGAGCCUCAAGAAGAUCUGUGAGCAGUUCCGCGUACGGCUGUUCAGCGUGCUCUUACUUUGCCUGGGCAGUGACAAUGCGGAGAUUUACUGGCACCUAACGAUGGCCAGACUGCGCAACCCACUGCGGCAUACCAGUUUCCAGAACCAAGCCUUGUGGGUCUACGUUGACCCCAGAAUUCCAACCCAGACGGACACCGCAGAUGCCCAACAGUUCCUCGUCCUGCGCAACGUGCAGACAGACCUUGGCACUGCUGGCGAGCCGCAAUUCGGUGCGCAACCGUCGCGUGCCUUCAAUCUGCAGCAACAGCCAAAACAGCCGAACCAGCCGCAUCAGCAGGCACAGGCGGAGGUGCUCGACACGGACGUGGAGAUGACUGAAGUGGCCGGCAGCAGUAGCAGUAACAGCAACACAAGCGCCACCGCCACCACCACCAGCAACAGUGUUCCCGUAGCGGAGACAUCUCUUCCACCGGUGGUUCUCGGCUCCGAGUCCUGGCACAUGAGUUUCCCCAGUGACUGGUUGCCCGCGAUAACGCGCGACCUACAGACGCAGGCUGAGCAAAACAGCCCUCAGCCACCCUACUCUGAUGCCUACAUUUCUGGCAUGUCCGCCAAGCGUCGCAAGAUCAUCCAGACGGAUAAGCCCACGGCCAACGUGGAGUGUCUGAUUGCCAGCGGGGUGCAGCGGGCCAUUCAGAGCGCCGGGCUGGGUGUCAAUGCAAACGGAACUGCCGCCAGCUCCUCACUUAACGUAGAUGCUGUGAUCGAUUCGAUGACCCACGAUGCGUCCCUGCUGGCCUCCUACACGGAGGCGAUGCGCACCAAUGUGCGGGAUCGGAUCAAGAAGGACGUUGACUUUACGCCCAGCAAGUAUCCGCAGAUCGCCAAGUUCACAGAGCAUAAGUAGACGAAAAACCUUUUGGGAGCUUAACAAGCGACCUCCCCAUCACAUCGUCGGUGUGUUUGUGCGUGUGUGGCGCUUGUUGUACAUUAUACCUUUAAGUAUACCGUACAUAUAGUACUUUAGUUAAUUGAUAAGUUCUGUUUAAACUAUGAGACGACAGCGGCGGCGACAACAGGCGAAGAAAACCAUAAUCGGAACCAACCACAAUUGGAAUCAGAAUACGGAAGGACCACCACACCCAGCGCACCGAGUAAUACGAUAGAAUGAUAAUAAUAAUACCCAACCGAUAUUUCCACACACUGCUGGAAACGAAAUAAAACCCACACAAAAAGUGAAGCCAUUUGGGACAACGAUACAAAAAAGAAGGAGCAUAUUAACCGAAACAAAGGCGAUGGACGAUCGACGAUGGCUGAUGGACGACGGAUGGACUAGGGCCACACACGAUGAGGCUUUGGUAGGGCAUGAUACCAUCUAAAUGCUUUCAAUUGCAGUCCAAGUGGCGAUGGCGUCCCCGUGUCGCGUGACGUAUUGGGUCUCGGCCAACAGAGACCCGUGACGACAGCCGAAUUCCAGCUAAAUAUUUUGGCUGGCGCCGAUUGACGUGAGCCGCCUGAAGGCACAUGACUGUUGAUGACGAACAAUCAGGAAUUUGCAGCCACCGCUCAAGUGGCGACAGUGCAAAAACAGACCCAUUACAACAACCUA